GGGUAUGAGGAAAAUGGGAGGAACUAGUGAUAUGGGGAUGAACAAGAUUAAGUUAGUGUUUGUUUUACCAGUGGUGGUGUGUGUUGUGUUUGUGAGGGUGUUCAUUGUGGUGAUUAAUGUGAUAGGUGUGUGUUGGGAGUGUUGAUGGUUCAGUGAUGCAGUGGAGGGUUGUAGAAAGUGUUGCAGUGUUGUGGUGGUAGUGUGGACAGCUUGGUGUGGCUGUGAGAAUGAUGAAAAGUGUUGUUGUUACAGGAGUGAUGGAUGGAUGAUGGUGUUGAGUGUUUGAUAAAAGUGGUGUAAAAUGAAAAAAAAAGAAGUGUAACCAUUGCAGUGUGUUGGAUAUUGUAGUGUGUUGGCAGAUGUACACAAAAUGAAAGAAAAAUUACAGAAGUGAAAAGAGCCAUAAGAAUACAAGAUCAAGGAAAUCACAGGAAACCAAUUGAAAAGACCCAUUAAAUACAUGAAAAAACAAAUGAAAAAAGAAAAAAAAUGAUAUGAAUAAAAAAACAAGGAAAAAUAGUAAGAAAACAAUAAAUGACAUCAACAUGUACUCCUUACCAGUGAAAUAAGGAAAAGAAAUACAACAUAGUUACAAAAAAACCUGCAAUACAUUCCCCAAUCAUGAGUCGUAAAAUAAUAGUGAAGAAAAGACUGACUGACCUGCAUGAACUAGAGGAAAGUCUGAAGAAUGGCCCCAUCAGCACCCCUGACCCCAGCACUGGCAAGGAGGAGGAGGACAAGGUGAGAAGAACCUCCAUUGCAGCCAUCCGAACCUUACCGCCCACUGCUUUGAGUACUGGGCAGGGCCAGGGGCAGGGGCAGGAUGGCAAUUCAACCACCAACCUAGAAGAGGCGCCAACAAGAGGACGCUCAUACACGCAUCCUACAAAAGCUUCUACAGGAAAUUCUUUAAGUUUAACGCCCAGAUUGGUGAAGGGAAAUGACACCUCAGCAUCACGCAAGGCCCCCAUACCUGUACGUCUGAGGUCCAAGUCCCCAUCGCACCUUGGCAUGGCCUCUACCAGCGUGUACGUCUCCCAAAAUCAGUCUUCUGGUGGCCCGAAACCCCCUGCUCGGCGCCACAAAUCCCCAUCACCACUCACUAACAAGUCCCUGUCAGUCAGCAAGGCCCCCAGUGCUGCCAGGAGUGGGGUGAUGCCCAUCACCAAGAAUGUUGUGCCUCCUAAAGUUGUGUCUGGAAAGGAGGUGCUUACUACUGAAGGUCCAAGGAAGAUGAGACAGGUGAAGCUGGAGAGAGUGCUGGGCCUGACGGUGCCAAGCAAUGCUGCCCUCGACUGCGACCCACACACCGGCCAGGUCGCUUAUCCCGCAGGAUGCACAGUGGUUCUACUCAACUCCCGUAAGAACCGCCAGCACCACGUCCAGAAUGCUUCACGCAAGACCAUCACCUGCGUGGCCUUCUCCCCGUGCGGCCGCUACCUCGCCACGGGGGAGUGCGGCCACCAGCCCUCCGUCAGGGUGUGGGACCUCGCCGACAGGACCCAGAUGGCGGAGUUCCAGGGACAUAAGUACGGCGUCUCCUGCGUGGCAUUCUCCCCGACGCAGAAGUACGUGGUGUCGGUGGGGUCCCAGCACGACAUGAUAGUGAACGUGUGGGACUGGCGGGGCGGCGUCAAGGUGGCCUCUAACAAGUUUUCCAGCAAGGUGAAGGCCAUCAGCUUCGCAGAGAACGGCUCCUACUUCGUCACCGUCGGGAAUCGCCACGUCAAGUUUUGGUACCUAGAGGUGGCGCGCGGAUGCAAGUUCAAGGAGCCGGUUCCCCUCACUGGGCGGUCUGCCAUCCUCGGGGAGCAGCGCAACAACUACUUCUGUGAUGUUGCCUGUGGCCGAGGAGACAUGGGGGACUCCACCUUUGCCAUCACCAAGUCCGGUCUCCUGUGUGAGUUCAACAACAGGAGGCUGCUGGACAAGUGGGUGGAGCUGAGGACUCCAAGUGCCAACUGCCUGGUGGCUGGUGAGAACUACAUCUUCGUGGGAUGUGCUGAGGGCAUUGUGCGCUGCUUCAGUCCCUUCAACCUGCAGUUUGUGACCACCCUUCCCCGCACACACUACCUGGGGGUUGACGUCUCCAAGGGGCUAACCAUUAGCCACAUGGCCACUCAUCCUAACAAUGCCAAGUACCCGGACACUAUCGCCAUCGCCUAUGAUGAGAACAACCAUAAGGUGACGGCCGUGUACAAUGACCACUCCAUGUAUGUGUGGGAUGUGAAGGACAUCAAGCGGGUUGGAAAAUCACACUCAUACCUGUACCACUCUGCCUGCAUCUGGGGUGUGGAGACGUACCCACCACCAGGGGAGGGAGUGAAGGCCUUGCUUCCUCCUGGCUCUUUCAUCACCUGCUCCUCCGAUGACACCAUUCGAGUGUGGAACAUCGACCCCUCCAUGUCCCCCAACACAUUGUACAAAAGGAACAUCUAUAGCAACGAUGUGGAAGUUGAGCUCCUCAAAACCCUGUAUGUGGACCCUGAGCUGGGUUUCAUCAAGGACACAGACAUCAGUCCCCAGGGAGGCGACAGGAACGACACCUCCUAUGACUCCCGGAACGGCGUGCGUUGCAUCCGAGUCAGUCCAGAUGGCAAGCACCUGGCCUCUGGGGACCGGGCAGGCAACAUCAGGGUUCACGAGCUGCAGUUUUUGGAUGAGUUGUGCAAGAUUGAAGCCCACGAUGCGGAGGUGCUGUGUCUCGAGUAUUGCCGGCCGGAGACUGGACACAAGUUCCUUGCCUCUGCCUCCCGAGAUAGACUGAUCCAUGUAUUUGCUGUGGACCAGGAUUACAGCUUCGUGCAGACCCUGGAUGACCACUCUUCAGCCAUCACAUCAGUGAGGUUCUACCAGGGCCAGAGCUCUCUGCAGAUGGUGUCUUGCAGUGCAGACAGGUCCAUCAUAUUCCGAAGUGCCACUAUGAAUCCCCAGAAUGAACUUUGGUUCUCUCGAGGCCACAACAUUGCUGGAAAAACAACCUUGUAUGACAUGGAGGUGGACCACGGCCAGCGCCACAUCCUCACUGCCUGUCAGGACCGCAACAUUCGUGUCUACAACGUGUCAUCUGGGAAGCACUCCAAGACAUUCAAGGGUUCUAUUGGGGAUGAUGGAACACUAAUCAAGGUUGUACUGGAUCAGAGUGGAAUCUAUGCAGCCACCAGUUGUACAGACAAGAACAUGUGUAUAUAUGACUACUACUCUGGGGAAUGUAUGGCAACCAUGUACGGACACUCAGAGCUGGUGACUGGCCUGCGCUUCACUGCUGAUGGACGCCACCUCAUCACUGUGUCAGGCGACGGCUGCAUAUUUGUGUGGAAAAUGCCUCACGACAUGACCCAGACCAUGAUGGCCCGGUUGGCCCAGCAGGCUGAGAGGGCUGCCAAGGACAAGAGGAAAGUACCCAGACAACCCAUUGACAAUGAGGACUUCAGGCAAGGCUCAGAGAACAUCUUUGACCAGAACGCCAAUGAGCCAGAGGAGCCGGACUACAGGUUCAGUAUGGGGCAGCUUCCCCUAUGGGCCAAGAAGCAGAUGACUGAGCCACAGGGACCAGGGAAUGGGGCAGGAGACAGGGGUGGAGUGGACAUGCCCAAGGGACGGUGGGCACAGCGGCUGCAUAACAACGCCAUCACCUUCAAGAGUCACUAUGACACAGACUCAGUCAUUCCCUUCCCAGCCAGAGACAAGCGUCACCCUGACUCAGAGUCAAGCAAAGACAGUUCACUGGAGGAGAACGUUGGGGUGCACAAACAGUACCUGGCAGGACCUCGCAAGGAGAACCACAUGCUCCCCAACAAGCAGGAGGCCAGUGCAGUUGCUGACUUUGUGCCUUGUCCAGACAGUUUAAAAGAGAUUAUUUCUGGGGAGAAAAUUUUUAAGGGAACCUCCAAGGUCAACACCAAGAGGGGAGGAGACUCUGACAGCCGCAACCGCCACCACACGGAUGACAGUGACGUGAGCAGCCUGCGUGUGGACGGAGGCACGACAGACCACGAUGGGGAUAUUGAGGACUGCAGCGAGCAUGACGACGAGAGCACUGAGCCAGAGCACUCAGAGCAUCUCAUGUAUUACCCCCACAAUGAUGACACUGCAAGUGACUUCACCGUCAAUGCCAUGGAUGUGGAGGAGUUGCGGCGGUCACAGCGGCGCCACAGGAAGGCUCGACCUGAGAGACCAACAGACAUCCCCCUCAUGUCCGUCUCUGGCUCUCAGGAUUCAGAUGAUGAUGAUGAGGUUUCCACACCGAGUGCUGACACAGCUGAGCGUAACAUCAUGUCCAUGCUGAGUGUGAGCACAGAGAGCAUUGACCGUGUGGGGCGGCGUGAAAACUUCCUCAAGACUAACUUUGAAUCCUUGGAGGGAGAGACUACACGACCUGAGAAGGAAGUCAAGAACAAGAACAGUAUAUCCUACAAGUUCAAUGCAAGAAAUAAGGAUACACAGAUGUCAAAUAAGAGAGAAGAGUUAAUGAAGAGAAUUGAAGAAACGAAAAAGAAGCUCCAGAGUAUUGGAUACAAAUCAAAUCUAAGGAACAGCAAGAGUAUCUCAGAUCUGAGCAACAUUCCAGAGAAAGAUACGUCCUAUGUGUCUGGAAACCAAGGUAACCAACCAGUGUGUGAUGAUAACUUUUUCUACCUCUCAGCUCCUGUGGCUUCCCCUGCCACUCACUCAGUCACCUCCAGUAUUCAGCAGCUCUUCCACACCAGUGGUGCCAGGACAGUGCACAAUGCCAUAGAGGACAUGCCUGAGCUGCUGUAUGGCUGUCUUCCCCGACACGCCUCCAGUAGCAUACCAGAGUUAGGUUCUAGUUACUUUUCAGAUUAUGGAAACAGUGUUUGUGAUAGUGGAGUUGAAAACCUCAGGAAGAUAGGUGCAGCCAUGUUUGAUAGUAGUGCUGUUCCUAAGGACCAACAGAGGACAGGUAAGCAACUUCUGGCUCAACUGGAAAGAGACCUACUGGAAGUUGACCUCCUGAUGGGCUGUUCCUCAUCCCCUCAAGAGGUAGACACAGAUUCCUUGGAGGAGACACUACGAAGUCUCUCUUUGUUGAGCUCACAUGAGCCGCUCUUCAGGAAGGUCCAUCAAACUCACCACAGAUCCACCGAUGACUCAGACAGUGACACUGUGAAGAGCGAGACGUCAAACUUUAGCUGUGAUAGUUUAGAAGACAAGGACCUUGAGGAUGAGGAGGAACCAACACCCGUGAAGGAAUGCAAAAGUGUUGUUCCUCCACAGCCAGUUAGUGAAGCUGCCAUGAGCAAAACUCUUCCUUAUCCACGGAGAAAGAGACAAAGGUGGCAGAGACUCUCCCUGGAAGGUGUGACUAAAGCAAAGCCCAAUGACUAUGAAUCUGAUGUUUUCCCAACCAAUGAAGGUCCAAGUUCGAGCUCUCAGGUAUUUCGAACAUCUUCCGACACAGCCUUGGCCAACAGCGACAGCAGCCACUCCGAUGUGCAGACCCCAACAAAUCCUCCUUUUUUCUCAGUCAAGUCUCCUGGACCCACAGUGAGCACAGUGAUUCCAGUGGCACAAUGUGAUCACUCGGGCCAGUCAAGCAAACCCCAUACCAAUGGUGAUGGUGACGUUUCCAUGGUUACUAUAGAGACUCAUUCCUAUAGACUGGAACACUCUGCCUCCAUUCCCUUCCCCAUCCCUCAGCCCCCCAUGGUGGAGCAGCUCAAGAGAGAGAGCAGAGAGACCUCUCCCCAUUGCCAGCCUCUCAAGGGACAGGCUGCUCUUCCACCAGCAAAUGUAGUUGAUGAAGAGGACUUUCCAGUGGUGCAGGCACAGCCCCUUCCCCCUGGGCCUCCCCCUGCCGUCUACCUGCCGUCCUCACAGCCAUCCCUUCCCCAGGGAGUUAUUCCUGCCCCAGGCAGAGCCCACCGAGUUCUGCUGGCCAAGAAGGUCACCAUACAGCAAGUACUUCCCUCCAAACAUGGUGGGAGUGGCGACAGUGGCUUCAGCAGCAGCCAUGGUGGUGGCGGUGGUGGGUUGCGGCGGGCGUGUUCCCUCAGUGACCUCACCAACCCCGGGGCACCGCGACGCCUCCUCCCAACACCACCCUCGGCCGGAGCAAAGAAGAGUGGCACCAAGAGCAAGUCACCAGGACGGUCUUACUCCUCGUCCCUGUCUCGCUCCAGCUCCAUCGGGGUGUUGAACCAGACUGGUGAGGACAACAGUCGAGGGGAGCGCACAAUGAGGCCCACCAUCUCAUCCAUGAACAAAAUGACCCCAAGAGCUCUGAAGAGGAAGGCUUCACUCUCCCAGGCUGUGUCAACAGGUGACAUCCGCCAGUUCCAUGAAGACUCCAGCUCAGAGGACACAUCUCCCUCUGACCACAAAAACACACGGAGCCGCUCACACGGUGGAGACAGGCGGAGCAAUCUUCCCACUCGUGCCAUGAGUGAGCGUGACCUCACCCGCAGCAACAGCCUGUCGGGCAAGAGCCGAGGGGAGUCUGUCCGGGGCCGCUACGCCUCAGCUGCCUCGCCCUCUUCAAAACGCCUGCCAUCUUCGGAUAUGAGUCGCCCAUCCUCCGCCGCCUCCACAGUGGACAUGAGCCCUGAGGAAUACCCAACACGGGAUGAGUUUUCCUACGUGGAUCUGGAUAACAUGCCAUUAACGGUGGGAGUGGUGGAGAGUGUGUGUGAGUGGGUGGUGGAGGGGUGCGAGAAGCUGAGUCAGCUAUGGUGGCGGGCUUGCAGUGAAGGAGGCGGAGAGGAGGACCACCAUCGAGCCCUGCGCUCCCUCCUGUUGGGUGCUGCUGCCAGAGCCACUCAUGCCCUCACCCCCCUCACUGCCCCCAAUGCCACCCCAGCACAGGGACUCAUGCCUCCAGCAGCAGCCCCACCCCAACCCUCACAGUCUGGGGCAGACAGCAAGGACCCCCGUAUGGUGGCCAUGAUGCAGCAGUACACGGACAUUCUGGUCAACAUGGUGCAGCAGAAGAUGGCGUCCCACCAACCACCACCCCCGGGCCCUGCAUGAUCUGUCCCUGCAAUUAGUCAAAACAGUCCAAACCUCAGAUAGUCAUAUUUUAUGGUUUAGCCAGAAUUGUGUACAUAUUAUUUAAAUGAUGACAAAGCUUAUGGGUUAGAUGAUGAUCUAUACCCCCCCCUUUUUUUUUUUUUUGAGUUGCAAGGCUGUGCAUUUUUUUCAUUUAAUUUUUUCUUUUAUGUAAUUUUAUUCAAGAUUCUUGCAGUCAUUGAAGUUUUCCAUGUGAUGUUGGGAAUCAGCUUUGCUGAUGAACAGUCUUUCCAUUACAGUUCAUGCCAUCUUAGUUUUGUGUGUCUUCAUCUGUGAGCUGUAUGUCCCGAGCCAUGUGACAGGUUCUGUGCAGGGCAAAAGUUUGUCAAAACUGAAGUUUUGUCCAGUUUGCUGCCAAAGCUCUCAUGACUGCUGUGUCAACUGUGACAUUCUCCUGCCAUGAAAUACAUUGGUCUUAAUUUGCAUAAAGAUGUUUUAUAAGUGCUGAAUGUAUUAGGUGUGUAAGAUUUUUUAAUAUAAUGUUCAGUAAUAUUGGAAGUGAUUAACCAAAUGCAUUGUGAUGUGUACAAAGUGGUUGUCAGGUACAAGUGGUUUGUUGACGCAGGAAGCAGACCCCACCCACCACGGCACUCAGGCUGCCUCAAUGCAGCAAGCAGGCCUGCAACACCGUGCCACACUCACUGUUGGGUUGGCCAAAAAUAUUGUUUUUCAUUUUAACUGCAUGAUGACUUUUACAGUAAUAUAAUUUUGCUAUUAACUUUUCUAACUUGUCAGAUAUGGUGAAGGCUUAUUGCUGAUUGGGUUAGCUGAUUUAUCUACAUUUUAGACUCCUGUUUUAUAUACUCUUACUGCUAUGGACACUCCCUGGUCAAGUCAUUAAAUGUGCAUGGCACUUUGGAAGCUGAUCUUGUUUCCAGCCAUUUUGAAAGUAUACAUAUAUAUAUCCCUAGUUAAUAUCAAACAAUAGUAAUUUAAACCUGUAUGUGUUUUAGUGUUAGUAAUCCAUUUAAUUUACUCUUGCCUUAAAUUUUUAAAUGUUGGUAACUUUUGAAAUUGUGCACGUGGAGAGUUUUCUGAUCAAGUCGUUGGUGUGAGAAGCCGUAAUGAAGUGUCAUUGCAUAAACCUCAAGACCAGAGAGGUAGGCAGACAAGGUAUUGCCAGUGGAGGGUGCAGCUGCUUGCCUGUGUUCACUUCCAUUCAUUGAUACCAAAAAAUAUUGUGUUGCUCAGUCAUCUGCACUGAAGCUGUGCAUUCUUUUGCAAAGGUCAUUGUGUUUAUUUAUCAGUUAUUUUAAUAUAGAAAAAAUUAGUUUGAUUUCAUUCUUAUCUUCUCUCCCAAAUAAAAGGUAGCAUUGAAAAAGGAAAGAUAUUUUGAUGCAUAAUGUGUAAAUACAUUGUCAUCAGCAGAAGAAUGAUUUGUAAACAGUAUGUAACUGUACAAAGUAUUACUAGUUUGUUCUUUGAAAAAACAUCUUGUGGUGGGAUGACUGUGCCGUGCCCAUCCUUGAUUCAACAUUAUCAAAUGAGAGGAUAGAGAUUUUGAUAGAAGCUUUUUGGUAGUGUGUCUAUAAUUAGUGCUAAAAAUGUAUUUUAAUUCAAUCAUAUUCUGUAUUAUGAGGUUGGCAAAAAUGUUUGUAUUGCUGUUCCGUGAAGAGUGAAAGUGUUUGUUUGAUGACAGCGUUAAGACAUCACGCAUCACGUAGUUUUGUGGAGGCUUGUGUGUGUUUGGUCUCAAAUGUAGCAUUAAGCCUCAUCCCUGGUGAAGGGUGGGCUGAGAGCAGUGACCUGUCUUUACUGGCUCCAAACCUGCACAUCAUGCACAUGCUCAGAAAGAGUAGUACUGAGCUAGGUUAAGUCAAGUCAUUAUCCACAACGGUGCCACGAGGUGCCAAGAUGAGAGGUGUGCCAAACCCUAGCCAUGCCUACUAGGGAGUGUAUAGUUGUAUUAUAGUGUAAAUUAUAAUUAUCUCAAACACCAUUCCCUUGCUUGGGGAAGGCCUCAGAGUGCAGGCCGGUGCAGGACUUCACAGGUCCUGACCACCGCAGGAUGCUGUCUUCCCCCAUGGCUGUUAGCAUUAUUGCCUUCCACUAGUGCAAUUGUCCUCCAUUCUUCAUUAGGGUAUCAAGACACUACUGUUGAACAGUAUUGUCUUCUCUGUGCUCAUGGAUAUCCGGGUAAGUAUCUGCCAAAUGAAAUCUCAUUCCUUGAUAAACUCCUGUUUCAUGAAAAUUCUUUUUUAAACAUAAUAAAUAUAACAUGAAAGCUA